GACAAAAACUUCGAUUUGUUCCAAGUCAAUGCCCAAUUUACUGCGAAAUUUUGUGAGUUAGAUUAUUUGGCUGACAACUAUCUCAUCAGAAAUUAAAAUUAAGCGUUCACAAUGCGGUUUUAAUUGAAUUCAAACGGCGAUAAUCAGCGCGACCAGUAGCACCCUCCCUAUCCAAAUGUCACAGCUGCUGUACGAAUAAACAUCAUUGCAAUACAUAAUAUAACCAUAGUCAUUCUUGUCUUGGCACCAAGAAAAGAAAAAGAAUUUUUUUUUGCAUAUUACGACAGGAGAAAAGUCAGCCAGUGUUAAAACAUAGCGAACAAAACGUGAAUUUUCAUAUCAAUUUAUUACUGCGUUCAUUUGGCAUUGUUUUGCAGUGUGUACAUCAACAAAUAUUGGCAGAAAACUUUUUGUAGAAAUCAUUUUUUUGUCUUUGGUUUCAAUCGAUUAUGACGGAGACAAGGCACAGAUGAAUUGACACAAACAUGCAGUAGGCAUGAAGAUAUUCGAUUUAAAAAUAGGCAAAUAUUACAUAGGUGUACAGGUCGGUCGCAAAUUGAACUCAUGCUGUACGGUUGAAUGAACUACCAUUAAAAUCGUAGUGACCACGGAUUGGUUAUUUUGGUUAAUGCAUGCAACACACAAUAGUCAAUCGACAAUUUAUUAGCUAUCGAUUGUUAAAAUGCCAAACAAAGAGAAAACGGUAAAAACGGUGCCAAAAUCAAAUGGCAAUGAUGCAAUCCGAACGGAACCAACAUCCACUGAUGUGAUGAUCGCGACAGAUGUCAAAAAGGGGACAAGCAAUAAGAAACGUGAAAAGCAUAAAAAUAAACAAGCAAUCAAAGCAAACAAUAAUGCGGCAACAGCAAGCGAAAAUGGAUUGAAUGCAACAUCAACAACAGCAGCAGCAGCAGCAACCACAAAGGCCAAUGACCAUAAUGAAUCCGAUAUUUGUGCUGUCAGCGAAGAGCUAUUGAGGCGUUUGCAGUGUAAUGGGAUUUCAGUGCGUCGAUCUGAUGGUCCAGUCAACCAGCAAAACGCAAUCAAACAAGGCGAAAAUAAUGGCUCCACGGACAAAUCAAACCCACAACAAAAGUCAAAGCAGUUGAACAAUAACAACAAUAGCAAAGCUCACAAUAAAAAUUGCCAAAAUCAAAGCAAAACGGUGAAAAAUGUAAAUACUAGUUCUUAUAAUGUUGAGAUUAGUUCCGACGACGGGCAAACUGUACAAUGUAAUGGCAUGCAUGCGAACCAACCAAGUGAUGUGAAUCAUGAAGUGGUGACUGAUUCUUUUGAAGCAAAAUCACAAACUUUACCCGAGCAAACCGAAGCAGCUACGACAUCCAAAGACAUUUCUGCUGAAACACCAUCGUGUAGUAGUCACCAGCAACAGCAACAACAACAGCAACAUUAUAGCAAUUUACCGUCAACAUCAACAUCGCAUCCGAGUGAAUGUACACUCCCAUCGUCGUUACCAAGAACCGCUUUGUCCGUGAAAAGCAUCAAAACCUCUACCGUUGAGGUGACAUUCAAGGAAUACGAAAGUGAACUUCAGAUGCCCGAUAUUAUGCGUGUUAUUCAACGUGAACUGUCCGAACCGUAUUCGAUUUAUACGUAUCGUUAUUUCAUACACAAUUGGCCAAAACUCUGUUUUCUCGCCAUGGAUGGGGACAGUUGCAUCGGUGCGAUCGUCUGCAAACUGGAUAUUCAUCGGCAAAUGACGAAACGGGGCUAUAUCGCUAUGUUGGCUGUUGACGCUGCUUAUCGUAAACUGAAAGUUGGCACAACACUGGUGCAAAAAGCGAUUGAGGCAAUGCUUGAACACAAUGCUGACGAAGUGGUGCUUGAAACGGAAAUAACCAAUAUCCCAGCGUUGCGGCUAUACGAAAAUUUAGGUUUCGUCCGAGACAAACGGCUGUUCGAUUACUAUUUGAAUGGAGUGGAUGCUCUGCGACUUAAGCUCUGGUUCAAAUGAUCCAAUUUGAUAACUCUAUACAGCAGGCCAUUGUUCAUCGUCUCAACUCAAAUUACUCUACAUAUAUAUUUAUAAUUGUGGCACAAAUACAUCCAAAACGAGCAAAAAAUAAAUCCAGAUCGAAAUUUGUCAUAGAACAUAUAUAUAAAAUAUUUAAAUCAUUAAGUCUCACGAACCCACACACACACUCGAACAUAUAUACAUAGUUGUUAUCCUCUGUGCACAAUAUAUGAAGUAAAAACACUCAUUGUUAGAAUGUAAUCACCCAAGAAUCGGUAGAGAAAUUCGACCCAAACAACUUCAUUACCGUAAUAAGCCUAGAGUAGUGAGCUCUUAUACAUAUAGUGCUAGACCGUUGACUUUGAUACUUUGAAAUACUGGAAUUUACGACAGAAAAAAAAACAGAAUGGUGGCCACUUGCCAUCGGCAGAUAUCUUAUACCGAUUGUAUGACCAACAUUUUAAAAGCAAGUAGUGCAAUUCGAAGCAUUCAUUUCAAAUUGCAAUCACAUCACACUUCUAAUCUCACAAUCCUCAUCACAUCGAUAGUCAGUUGAAAAAUAGAAACAAAAACAAAAACAAAAACAACAACAAAACCAACUAAUACACAAAUUUUAUCAAAUCGAAUUUAUCCCGCUCAUUUUAAUUCAAAACAUCUGGAAUGAAUUAUGAUUUCUAUGAAAUCCAUGUUCGAGAAGAACAGAGAGAAAGAGAGACAGAGCGAUGAGAGAUUUUUUUUAAAGACAGUUUCUGCCCAGCAAAAGACCGUUAACUCUAUGAAUACUUAAUUAUAAAAAAAUAAAUAAAUAAUUUGAUAAACAUUGUUUACCAUAUCUCUUAACCUGUUUACCUAAGCGAAAUCGAUAGCAUUUCAUUGAAAUGAAAUCAUGAAAAUUUGCAAUUAAUCAACUAGAUAUGUUACGUUUAACGAGACAAAAAAAAACUCACUUUAAUCAAAAAUGGAAAAUCGUGGCAAUCAGCAAAAGAAUCAAUUGUUAUGCUAAAAGUUUGAAAAUUGUGUCAAAACCGUGUUAAUUUAUUCGUGUAAAAUUUCCUGCAAUCGAUUUGAUUUUCAUUUUGAAGAGAAUAAAUUAAAUUAUUGUAGAUUCGGCUUCAGUUUUGGUUGUGUGCUUUGAUUGUGAUGACGUUGAAGUUCUGAUUGAAUUGGUUUUAGUUUGCAAAUAAUUGUUCACCUCCCGAAUUUAAUUUAACAUGCGAUAUAUUUCAAAUAAAGCGCGCAUAAAUUCAAGAAAA